AUGGGCAAAGAAACCGCGGUCGAGCAGAUAAAAAAAAUCGAAGAAGAGCUCGCGCAUACGCAGAAGAAUAAGGCGACGUCGUACCAUUUGGGACAGCUCAAGGCGAAGCUUGCGAAGCUCAAGCGUGAACUUCUGACGCCGACAUCUAGCGGCGGAGGAGGACCUGGCAUCGGUUUCGACGUUGCACGGAGUGGUGUUGCGAGUGUCGGAUUCAUCGGCUUCCCCUCCGUCGGAAAGUCGAGUUUGAUGAGCGGGUUGACCGGAACGGAAUCGGUUGCGGCGGCGUACGAGUUCACAACCUUGACGACCGUCCCCGGCACCCUCACCGUCCACGGCGCGCCGAUCCAGAUCCUCGACUUGCCCGGAAUCAUCGAAGGCGCCAAGGACGGCAAGGGACGCGGUCGACAAGUCAUCGCCGUCGCGCGGACCUGCAACCUGAUCUUCAUCGUCCUCGACGUCCUCAAGCCGCUCGCCGACAAAGCCGUCAUCGAAGCCGAGUUGGAAGGCUUCGGGAUUCGCUUGAACAAGACGCCGCCGAACAUCACAAUCAAGAAGAAAGAGAAGGGUGGGAUUGCGAUUACCAACACGGUCCCGCUGACGAAGAUCACGGCGGACGAGAUCAAGGCUGUCCUGAGCGAGUACCGCAUGGCCAAUGCCGACGUCCACAUCCGAUGCGACCCGACUGUUGACGAAUUCGUUGAUGUCGUCGAGGGCAACCGAGUCUACAUUCCUGCGAUCAUGGUCCUCAACAAGAUCGACGCAAUCAGCAUCGAAGAGCUCGACCUGCUGUACCGCAUUCCCAACUCGGUCCCUAUCUCUGUCAAGGAGUGGCUCAACAUUGACGAGCUCCUCGAGACGAUGUGGGAAAAGCUCAGCCUCGUGCGGGUGUACACGAAGCCGCGCGGAGCCAAGGCGCCUGAUUACACCGCGCCGGUCGUGCUGAAGAAGGACAAAUGCACGGUCGAGGACUUCUGUAACGCCAUCCACAAGGACAUCUCGAAGCAGCUCAAGCACGCGAUGGUCUGGGGCACGUCGGUCAAGCACUCGCGCGGACAGAAGGUCGGACUUUCGCACGUCCUUGCAGACGAGGACGUCGUCACGCUCGUCAAGAACUAG